AACAGCGGCCACAGAGUCUGCAACAGUAACCGAGCCAUGGCUGGAGCUGGCCAGCGGCACGGACAGGCAGCAGCCGCGGAAGGCGCGCGGGCUGCGUCAGGGGAGCCGGGGGCCUCACAAUUCUAAGAAGGAGAGGGGCGAGAGGGGGCCAGGGGCGGGAGGGCUGGGGGCACCGCGCUCGCCCAACGGCGCGGAUCCUUUUUGGAAAUUAAUAUUAAAAAAAAAAAAAAAAACGAGGACGCAGAGGGGAAGGUGGGGGCAAGAGGGAAGGCGAGACACUCUGAGAGGGAGACAGAGCCCCACAGUGAGAGGAAGGAAGGAAGGCAACAGUCGCUAGCAGCCGAUGUGAAAACCGGACUGCGUGCGCCCUUCGCCGCCUCUGCCCGGCCUCAUCGAUGUUGUGUCCGCCGCCCGCUCGCCCAGAUCACGAUGAACGCGCAGCUGACCAUGGAGGCAAUCGGGGAGCUGCACGGGGUGAGCCAUGAGCCGGUGCCGGCCCCUGCCGACUUGCUGGGCGGCAGCCCCCACGCGCGAAGCUCGGUGGCUCACCGCGGCAGCCACCUGCCCCCGGCGCACCCGCGCUCCAUGGGCAUGGCGUCCUUGCUGGACGGCGGCAGCGGGAGCGGCGAUUACCACCACCACCACCGAGCCCCCGAGCACAGCCUGGCCGGCCCGCUGCACCCCACCAUGACCAUGGCCUGCGAGACGCCGCCAGGUAUGAGCAUGCCCACCACCUACACCACCCUGACCCCGCUGCAGCCGCUGCCGCCCAUCUCCACCGUCUCGGACAAGUUCCCCCACCAUCACCAUCACCACCACCACCACCACCACCCGCACCACCACCAGCGCCUGGCGGGCAACGUGAGCGGCAGCUUCACGCUCAUGCGGGACGAGCGCGGGCUGGCCUCCAUGAACAACCUCUAUACCCCCUACCACAAGGACGUGGCCGGCAUGGGCCAGAGCCUCUCGCCCCUUUCCGGCUCCGGUCUGGGCGGCAUCCACAACUCCCAGCAAGGGCUCCCACACUAUGCCCACCCGGGUGCCGCCAUGCCCACCGACAAGAUGCUCACCCCUAACGGCUUCGAAGCCCACCACCCGGCCAUGCUCGGUCGUCACGGGGAGCAGCACCUCACGCCCACUUCAGCAGGCAUGGUUCCCAUCAACGGCCUUCCUCCGCACCACCCCCACGCCCACCUGAACGCCCAGGGCCACGGGCAACUCCUGGGCACGGCCCGGGAGCCCAACCCUUCGGUAACCGGUGCGCAGGUCAGCAAUGGAAGUAAUUCAGGGCAGAUGGAAGAGAUCAAUACCAAAGAGGUGGCGCAGCGUAUCACCACCGAGCUCAAGCGCUACAGCAUCCCACAGGCCAUCUUCGCGCAGAGGGUGCUCUGCCGUUCCCAAGGGACCCUCUCGGACCUGCUACGCAACCCCAAACCCUGGAGCAAACUCAAGUCCGGCCGGGAGACCUUCAGGAGAAUGUGGAAGUGGCUGCAGGAGCCGGAGUUCCAGCGUAUGUCUGCGCUCCGCUUAGCAGCAUGCAAAAGGAAAGAGCAAGAACACGGGAAGGAUAGAGGCAACACACCCAAAAAGCCCAGGUUGGUCUUCACAGAUGUCCAGCGUCGAACUCUACACGCAAUAUUCAAGGAAAAUAAGCGUCCAUCCAAAGAAUUGCAAAUCACCAUUUCCCAGCAGCUGGGGUUGGAGCUGAGCACCGUCAGCAACUUCUUCAUGAAUGCGAGGAGGAGGAGUCUGGACAAGUGGCAGGACGAGGGCGGCUCCAAUUCAGGCAACUCAUCUUCUUCAUCAAGCACUUGUACCAAAGCAUGAAGGAAUAACCACGAACUGAAACCUCGGUGGAAAAGCUUUAAAUAAAAAGAAAAAAAUUUUUAAAGACCAGGACCUCAAGAUAGCAGGUUUAUACUUAGAAAUAUUUGAAGAAAAAAAAAAGUGUUAUUUAUAGUCCAAAGAAACCAAAGACAUAGCUCACCUGCAUUCUGACUUUGUUCGGAGACACACACUUCAGCCGGGUGACAACUUGGCAAGAAAAAUUAUGAGCAGGAAGGCACCACUGGAUCUCACAGCUUCUGUCCGCGAUCAUCCUGGCUGUGCUUGGCUGUCUUGUGGUUUGGAGCACAGUGAUUUUGAGCCAUCGAGUGGACCCCUUUAAGAUCAGACUUUCUCAUCCACUCCACCGCGCCAUGAAGGUGUAUGGUGUCUCAGUACUGUGUGUGGGUGUGUGCGUGAAUACACCCACACAUACACACGCACACCACCACGACCACCACCAGUGGUUAGGGACUUAGGCAGGGCUGGUCUUCAGGAAGGGUUGUGCUACAGUAGUGCAACCAACGUAGUGUGGGGUUGUCUGAGUUCAUGGGAUUAGGAGCUUGAUUUUGCUCAACUAGCCUAGCGUUUGAACCUGCCAGGCCCACAACCUAAACGCAGAUUCAAACCCAGCAAAGAAAUUUGAAUGACACCUAAACCAGUGCAUUCUCUUUGUUUGUUAAGGAAUGUUCAGAUAUUUUUUAAGAAAUGAAACAAGAGUCCAUCCAUUAAAGAAAGAAAAUCACCUAGGUACCAAAGAACACACUUAAUAUUAUAGUGCAGGUAUUUUAUUGCAAUGAUUUUAAUAACCAAAGCUAUUUUUACACAAGAUACUAUGUAAAGUUAUACGUAUGAACUGAUCUAGCUAUAAUACACAUACCACGUAGAAUCAUGACUAUUAUUUAUGACUCUUGAAGCAUUUGAAAUAUUAGUUUUCAGAACUGGCAAGAAAGAAUGUAGCUUCAGGGAAGCAAUUUAUAUCAUAACAGAGAGGUCAGUGCAGUAUACAUGUACAUCCAGAUGGCACAUUCCCUUUUGGGAUCUAUAAAUGUCACUUAAGUAAACAUAUAGACAUGACUCCAUGCUCUGUUCAUUGCUGAGAAAACCUGGUGAUUCUUCCAAAGUAGGACCCAUUUGUAAACUUAGAAAACUAAGUUUAACAGGACAUGUAGCUAAACUAGAAAAUUUGUUCAAAGUCAUUCUUUUCGGUAAAAUGCCACUGAAUGAAGCACCCCAUACUUAGGUAAAUUUGACUAAAAUUUGCCUUAUACAUUUGACACCAAAUACCUAUUUCAAAUACUUUACAACCACACAAAAUAAGCAGACCAACAUUAUUAUUAAAACGAACUAUCCAGUUCAUUAUAUCCUGAAAAUAUAAUCGAGCUGAUUUGAUUGCCAAUCCCAGACAUUUUGUGACUUGGACACCAAUAAAAAUAACAGGUGCAACCAAGAAAUUAUGGAACUGCAUAGAGAAAGCAAGAAUUCUAGUGGAAGGUAAGACCUUGGGUUCCAUAAGUAUUAAGCUAUCUAUUUCACUAAGCAUAACCUCCAAAACAUACUACAUUCUUUCUUGCUACCACAUUAAGCUGGAAAUUUUAUAACAUAGAUUCCACUCUCUAACAGGGACAGGUUAAAAACUAGACCUGAAAAUUUUCCAAAUACAAAAUUUUAAAUUUCUAUUUUUCCAAAUCACUUAAAUCAGGGCUAUAGUAAUCAAGGCAAAAAAAAAAAAAACAAACAAACAAAACCCACACAAGGUAAUACAGUUAUUCUAGUAGUACCCAAGUGAACCACUUGGUUCCCAGAAAAAUUCUCUUGGGAUCAGUUGAACUGUAACCAUGUAAGUGGAUACCUUUUGUACUAGUAGGUUAAAGAAUUGGGUACUCUUAAUCACCACACCUAACUAGAAAUAUAAAAUUAAAUAUUAUCUCAAUAAUAAGCUAUUUACUGAGACUCAUUUAAAUGCUAAAUUAAAAAUUGAACCAUUCUGACACAAAACCUAACUCCUUAGAAUCAAAUAUCAGCAUCUUGUCCAGGUCUAGAAGAGGCAGGCACCUGGAGAGAUGAACCCACAAGCCAUCUGUGUCUCCUUUGUGUCUGCCGUGGGAUGAGAAAAGGAAACCAAGACAUACUCCUCCUUGGAUGAAACUGCAUUUGCCUUGACACAUUUUGUCUUUGUCUUAUUUUUAAUCUCACCCCAAAUUCCAUCUUUAAAUUUCCCCUUCUAAAUAUGGCACAAUUAUAGUUCAGCUAUUAAAAGAAACCAUUUAAAUGGCCAUCCUCUCAGAUUUGCUAAAAAUAUCAUCUUUUCAAUGACAUAAGUGAAAAAGAAAAAAACUGAUGAACAUUUUUUUCUCUCUCCAGAAAAAGAGGGGGGCAAUACAAUACAAUACAAUAUAUUUAUCACUUAGGAGGGAAGAAAGCCUUUUUUAUUUAAAACAUGAGAAUUUUAAAUGCAGGGAAAUUCAAGCUGUGUCUACACACAACCUUACCAGAUUCAGUACCCCAGGAAAAACAAAAGUUGAAUUCAGACAACCAUGUCUUUUGCUUCAUUUUCCCUAUGUUACCCACUCAGAUUAGAUUACAUUUUCAACCAACACAAUUUACAUUUUCAACCAAUUAUUUUGGUAUUGUGUAGACACAGUCUUAAGGAAUAUUGCUACACUUUUAAUAUUCCCACCACAAUAUUUUGUUUUGUUUGGCCAAGCCUCAUGGCAUUCGGGAUCUUAGUUCCUCAGCUAGAGAUCGAGCCCGUGCCCCCAAGCAGUGAAAGCAUUAAAUCCUCACCACUGGAUGGAUGGCCAUGUAUUUCCCCAUAAUUUUUUUUUUUCAAAUGACCAGUGAUCCUAUUUGCUAACACCAAAGAUAAUUUUCAUACCAGCAUUGAAUUUGCACCCAUUAUGCAAUUUCAGGGCCUAGAGAUAUAUUUUCUCAUAAACAGAUGCACAAAUCAGAGCCUGAAAAGCAGUUUUUUUACUUGACUAUUUAGGCAUACUCACAACCUUUGCUUUUUAGAAAUCCUAAUGGACAAACUCAGCUUCUCACAAGCAAUACACGUAUUACAUCAUGUAUGACUGAUUCCUUCUUGCUUCUGACUUGGCACAUAGAAAAUGCUUCCAUUCCUGUUCAGUCUGGCGUUAAUUUACUUCUCAGAUGUCUUCACCUACCACACUUAACAGUGCUGUUUGUUCACCCGGCAUUUCUCAGUCCUUUAGUGAAACCACCUAAAAAGAUACCGCACUCUUUUCUUUGUAUGCAUGUUUAUUCCAAAACUGUAUUUCAAAUAGCAUGUUUUGGGUUUGUUUUUGUUUUUUGUUUUUUUUUGGUGGAAUGGAAGUUAGACUGUUUUUGGCCAUAAAUCAUUCAGGUCCUCUCAUGACUAGAAGCUUCCCUGAAAAAGGGCCAAGAGAAAGAGUGGGAAUUAUGAUGUCUGGACACCCCAAGAGCCCAGACAUCAGUAAAUGUUCAGGUAAAAGAAUUCUUUUUGUCAAGCACUGAGUAUUCCAGUUCCUGGAUACAGCCGGAAUAGAUGACCCCUCCCCUCCAAAAGAAAAAAAAAUGUGUGGGGAAAUUUAGACGUUCCAACUGAACAUGUCACUCACUCUACCCCCCCAAAAGCAUAAUUAAUUUUCCAGGAAAAAAAAAAAGUAAAGCUCUAUAUUACUUUCAGAUUCAUGCCACUCCCAUUGCUACCCCAGGUGAACGACCAACCGGUCUUUGCAGGUUAAAUGCAGACUUUGCUAUACCAAAGAGUCCUAGGACAUUUUCACACGAGCUAUAAAGACAUUUUCCUUAAGAAAGGGCCUCCCUUCUUUGUACAUAAAGGAUGAAAACUAUGCAUUUAGCAAACAAAGAGAAAGCACUUCUCCCUUUCCUAUCUAGUCGUUUAGGGUGCAUUCAAACACCAGAGGCCGUUUUGAGACUCCAUGGGCCUUCUGGAUGAUUCUUGUGGUGUGGUUAGCUUUACAGUACAUUUGGUAACUAUUUACUAAAUAGUAAGGACAAAGAAGCAGAAGGUAAGAAAUAGCUACUUCCACAUGUAAAAAAAAAAAAAAAUGUGUAAAGAUCUACUAUUUAUAGUGUGAACCAAAGACGCUACCUCACUCGAUUUCCAUUGGUGAUUUUAAUCACAUUGAUGAUACCAAAGAAUACCAAAGAUAUUUUCAUGCACGGCCUUGGUCUGCAGAGGGAACUCCGCCCCUCCCCGCUCCCCCGCCUCCUCUCCCCGCCUCACUCUUCACUCAGUGUAUAAACUUGUCUUCAUUCUUAAUAAUAAUGAUACGAUAAUGACAACAACAACAACAUUAGGAAAUAUACUCUUACUACUGCUAGUUCUACUUGUAAAUCUCUAGGCAAACAUGUUGCAAACUUUGUAAACUCCUAGGACGAGUGCCUUGCUUGAACCAAAGUGUUAAACCGCUGUUGACCUCUCUCACCUUAUACUCUUUGAAUACCUCAGCCUCUUAGAAAGGCCACUAAUGAAAAAAAAAAAAAAAAAGGAAUAAUUAAUCACCGUGGUGCUUUUUCCGUGCAACCAUGCAAUGAAACUUUCUUUGAUACCAAAGGAUGACUUUUUUCCCCCAAUUUCUUGCUGAUAAACCAAAGCUCCUCCUCCUCAUUCCCUCUCAAAGCUCCCCCCAACUUCACCGAGUCCCUUCCCCAGGCAGGCCGUGCAUCACUUUUACCAAUUCCUCCAAAUACCUCAUAGUAAUAAAGUUUUAGGGUUAUGUUGUAUAGAGAGUCUAUGUGAUAAGGCAGAACUUACUAGUUUGAUAAUUGUUAAGGUUACUUUUAAAAAAAACUUUAUAAUUCUUAUUUAUUUUGUAGUUUGUAUGUUUGGGAUGUCCCCCACCCCACCCCCACUUUGGUUUGGGGUUUAUUUUCUCAGAAGAACUGCUCUGUUGCUCAAGGAAGACUUAAUUUCUGGAAAUGUUCCCCAGGUGGGUGAAGGGUUGUGUAAAAAUGCAAGAAUGGAAUAAGAAAUGAUUUUCAUUCUGACGGUUACUUAUGAAGUUUUUGUGUUUUCGUAGUAAAUUUGUUUCCACAGGGUAAAGAAGUAUAUAUAAUCUUUUUUUGUGAAACUGGUUCCUAUUUUUCUCUAUAAUGUGCUGUGAUUUUUUUUAAUUUAAAUUACAUUUUAUAUGAGCUUAUUUAAUCACUGUGUUAAUUUAUGACUGUGUAGUUUUUAAAAUGUAUAUAGUAGAAUGGAAAUGGCCAAAGCUUUAUGUUACAAUCUUUUUGUUCUCUAUGCUAAGAUUAGCUGAAGGCAAGAACUUCUCUUAACUGCAGGGUGUAUCUUCAGCUUUUCUUAGCAGGCACUUCAGUGUGUGUUGUGAACACUGCCAGGCUCCCCCCUCAAAAAAUCUGUACAUGCCAAAAUGGGUGUUUCAAGGUAGUCUUUUCUGUCACUUAGAAGAAAGGCAUUGUUCAUGUUCUUCCUUUAAUUUAUCAAUUUUUUUUUUCUUUAAGAAAAGAUUGCUUUGCAGGUUAGACCUGAAAUUCCAAAGAAUUUAAGACUUGUUUAAUGUUUCAAAGCACCGGCAUUUGUGAGAUAUUUUGCCACUUUUUAAAAAAAAUUAAAAAAAACAUUUGCCCAGGUAUGAGAAGUAAAAAGUGUAAAAACUCGAAGAGACAAGCUAACUUGAAUUUGGAAAUCCUCUUAAGUAUCACUAAGUUUCUGAAGUGCUUCAAGGCAGGGCUUGGAGACAGUUCCUUUCCAGACCUAAGAGAUCAUCACAGGCCUGUGACCUUAGAGAGAAAGUCAGGCUAAGUAGCAGCAGACCUGGCCUCUGCCUGUCCAGCCAACCUGCAGAAGAAGCAAAACACGAUUGCUGAACCCCAGUUAGAAAUCAAAUUUAAGAAAAAUAUUUCAAAGAUACAGAUGCCACCUCAUUUUUUUUUUUUUAUUCUUGGCAUCUACUACCCACAAUUACCCUUUUCCCUCCCCAAACCACCACCCCCAACCAAAAUUAGAAGAAUUCUCAAAUGCCACAGUCCCAAGGGUGAAUGAACUUCAGACUUGUUUGAGUUUGUCUCUUCUCACUGGUCAUCUUCCCACUAGUUUUCUUGCCCACACUAAAGAUGGUCCCUGCCCCAAGCCCCUUUAAUCAACACUUGGCCCUGCUUCAGAUCAGCACACACAGAGAAUUCUCAGCUGACCAGAGCGUCCUCAGAAGACCCGGUGCCCACUAUUUUGUUUAAUUUUGCUAAGUAAGUUGUUUCAACUACAUGACAUAAAUCCAUAGAUGUAAAUACUUUUUCUCCCAAUACAAGAAUGUUACCUUAUUUUCUUUUGCAGGGGUGUUUGGGGUGGGGGAAGGAAAGGGAGGGUUUAGACUUUGGGUCAAAUGUUACAUUUUCUUAGAAACAUUUUUAUACUUGUUAUGUAUUUUAAUAGGGCAAUAAAUCUGCUCUGAGUUGCAGGAUCAUUCAGUGCUCUAUUGGUAAGCAUUGAUUAAUUAUUUGUUUUUAAUACAAAUGCUGUGUAGUGAGUUACAGAAAGCCCAGGAAAAUGGUUGAGGGAGUUGACUUUCACCAUCAGCAAUGAAACGCUGAACAGAGUUGUAUUCAUAAGGUCUUAUUUUCUGUUUCUGUGUUAGUCUCAAUUUUUUUGUGGUAUGUUCUGCAUUUAUUACAUAAUCAUUGUGGGCUCAUUUGACAUUUGCCGUCUGAACCAAGUGACAAGUAUUUUUUAACAAAAUAAACUUUAAAACAUUGUCUUCCACUUGCUUCGGUAGUUGUCUUCAUAUCUCCCUGAGUUUCUCGUUCCUUCUAAAGUCAGCCCAUCUGUCACUCACGUAGACCUGUCCCUUUCCCUCUCCUAUUUUCAGUACCUUUGACCUUAGCUCAUGUUUGAGUGUGACUCAGUUUCCCUGUUCAAGUUAGCUUGAUGGUUUAUUAUGUAAGGAGGGUGCCUAAGACAAUCAUCAGGUAAAAAAAAAAAAAAAAAAAUUAAAUUAAAAAAAAAAAAGAUCAGUAGAGUAGAAUAUCUUCCAAGAGCAGAGGGAGUUCUUCCUUAGUAAUGAAAAAAAAAAAAAAGGUAAAUACAUAAUUAAUUAAUUUUAAAACCUAAUCAUGAGGGGCUUAGAAGAUUUUUGAUAAAAGACAAAUGUUGCUGUCAUUUUCUUUGUCAAUUAGAAAGCAGUGGUAGUUUCUACGUUGCAUCUACAUUUCAGACUAAAUGAUUAUUGUACCCAGUUAUGGUUGUUUGCUAAUAUUUUGUCUCUCUCUCUUUCUCUCUGUCCAAUGCUUCUUCUGUAUUUUCGUGUGUAGCAACGAAAAGUGUGAUGCAUUAGGCAUUACCCUGGUUUGUUUAUGAGUAUCUCCUGUACCACGUCAAGGUUUCUUUCAUUUUCUUUAAGCUUCGCUACUGUUCUCACUUUAUGCCGUGCAAUAUCAUCUGCUGUGUUUGCUAAGCAAAAAAGAAAAAAAGAAAAAAAAGCAAGUGAUGAUGCCAUCAUGCUUUUCAGUGUUAAAAUGUUUCAGCAUUUAUGUAGUCACCAAAAUGUAGUAAAUAAAAUGUUGGAUUUUCCAGCACUUUAAAUUUAGACAA